GGAUGAAGAGGCUUCCUUGUGAUGCCUUCUUCUCAUUCUUCUUCUUCUUUUGAUGCUUCCUCCUCCCAGAUCUUAGAAUCCAAUCCGCAUCUGGCAGCAAGUGGCAAUCUCCAGAUCGGUGAGCCGAUUCGAUUCCUAUCUCAUUCCCCUCCCGAUACUACGUGGAAUUCCUAUCGAUCGGUUCCGAUCCAAUGGACCUUCCUUCGAUCCGAUUGAUGGUGAUUUCGGUCGGUUUCUCGUGAUUUCUUGGUUUUGAGAUUCCUUAUAGGAAGGAGAAUGGAGGUGGAUUUGGGGAAGCUCUUCAUCGGCGGGAUCUCGUGGGACACCAAUGAGGAUAGCCUCCGGAAGUACUUCAGCGCCUUCGGAGAGGUGGUAGAGGCGGUCAUCAUGAAGGACCGUACCACCGGCCGCGCUCGCGGCUUCGGAUUCGUCGUGUUCGCGGACCCUGCGGUCACGGAAAGAGUCGUCACGGAGAAGCACACGAUCGAUGGUCGGAUGGUGGAGGCGAAGAAAGCUGUUCCCAGGGAUGAUCACCAAUUCGUCAAUAAAAACAGCAGCAGCAGUAUCCAUGGAUCUCCUGUCCCUGGCCACACGAAGAAGAUCUUCGUGGGAGGCCUAUCGUCGACUAUAACGGAGGGCGAUUUUAAGAAGUACUUUGAUCAGUUUGGAACCAUCACGGAUGUCGUCGUGAUGUAUGAUCACAACACCCAACGGCCGAGGGGGUUCGGAUUCAUCACUUACGACUCAGAGGACGCUGUGGACAAGGUAUUGCUCAAUGCCUUUCACGAGCUGAAUGGUAAGAUGGUAGAGGUGAAGAGGGCUGUUCCUAAAGAGCCGUCCCCAGGGCCCAUCAUGCGCUCCUCGAUUGGUGGAUAUAACUAUGGUUUGAAUCGAGUAAACAGCUUUGUGAAUGGGUAUACUCAGGGAUACAAUGCAAGCUCGGUAAGUGGGUACGGAAUGAGGAGGUUGGAUGAUAGUAGAUUAGGCUCCCUGGCUGGUGGCAGAAAUGGAUUUGCUUCGCUUAGCCCUGGCCUUGGAAUGGGAAUGGAUUACGAGCCACCUUUGAGCUCAACUUUUGUAGGAAACCCAGGCUACGAUAAUAAUCUGGGAUACGGACGGGCUUUGAAUCCUUACCACAAUGCAAAUUCAAGUAGGUACACUAGUCUCAUUCCGUAUAAUGAUGUUAAUGGAAAUACUAGCUCACUUUUCAGUUUGACAUCUCGCAAUGUAUGGGAAAACGUGGCCCUUAACCAUGCCACAAAAUCUGCAAUUUCAAAUGCAUCCAUGGUGUCUAGGAGUGGGAGCCUCGGUAGCCUUGGCACCGGUAACUUGAACCGGGGCAGUGGCUCGAGCUAUACCAGUGGAAAUCUGGGGUUCGGAGGUGGCGGGUAUAUUGGCUUGGGUCGCAACAGUUUUGAUAGAAGAAUCGCUCCUGCUUCCCCUAACACUAAUCUUAUUGCUUCGUCUUCGGGAUAUGAAGGAAGCUACGCCAAGUUAUAUGGUGCUACUUCGGUUUAUGGAGACCCGACUUGGGGAUCAUCAUCCUCAGAAUUUGAUGCCACUGGUUCUUUUAGUAUCAAGCUCAAUAAUUCAAACUCGGAUGUCACAGGCAACGGCUUUGCAGAUUAUAUGGCUGGUUAUAAUGUCAGCAAUAAUAGAGAGAGCUGAAUCCUUGCCUGCAUAUUGUCCCUGUUAGAUAUGUUCUUAUCAAGAGUGGAGCAGAAUUAGUGUGAAAAUGAAUUGCUACUUAGAGUGAUUAUUUUGUUUCCAUUUUCAAGAACUAAGCUCAUGACAAGUGAACAAUCUGCGGGUUGAACUUACGUGGUAUAUUAUAUGCAUCAGGAAAAUAAUUAUAUAGAGCUAACAAGAAGGACAUUCAGUAAAUAAGAUUGGGAUAUUUGAAACAACGAGGUUUUGCGAUACGGAUCAAAUUUCACAUGUAGGUCUUAUUCGAGAUGUAAAAUAUGAUUACGGAAUACAUUCAGAAGAACGUCGUGAUUUAUACAGACGUCAGGUCAAAUAGACGUUUAUUGUUAUUUCAGAGAGACGAAAGAUCGAAAUUGCUUUAACGAGUAUCAUCAAACAGGCUUUAAAGUUUUUGAAGUCUUUCCUCCACAAAAUUUGUCUAUCGAUUUAUCUUCCAGUUAGUUAUCGCCUACAAGUACAUCAGGUAUGCCAGUGCUUCUUUUUUCUCCUCCUCCUUCUAUUUCUAUUCCAUUUCUCUAUAUUACUUAUAAAUGAUAAAGACUGUUAAAUAUUGUGGCAUUGUGAUUCUCUAUAAUGCGAGAGGCUUUGUUUGUGA